GAACUAUGGAGUAUAAAAUUAUUAAAUAUAGUCAAUAUAAAGAAAUUGAUAAGGAAGAAUCACGUAAAUUUGACAAUGAACACUUUGAAGAAUAUAUCUCUCAAAUUAAAUAUUCAAAAUGGAU